UGAUAAUUGGUUGGCAAUUAUAAUUUCUGUAAGGACUGAUUGAUCCUUGCUGGCACGCUCACAUUCACAAAAAUACCCUUCGAAAAGCCAAAAAGCCAACAUAUAUUUUUGGCACGCCCAGUGGGACUUAAUUAAAAAUGGCUAGAAGAAGACGACAAGGAGAAAAUGAACGCUUCGAAGAAGGCGUGGAAGGAGAGGUAGAAAUACCAAAUCCAGAGGAUAAUGUGGUAACACAUCCUGUGGAAACUCCUAUAUUGUCAGAACCCAUGGUCGAGCAGACCAGUACUUCUGGACAAGAACCAUAUGUUCAUAUUAUUGGACAAAACCAAGGAAUUGGACCGUCCACUAUGCCAACAAAUCCAUGGGAUGGUUUAGUGAAUGCCAUGGGACAACAACUAAUGAACACAAUGGAAAGGUGGGCAACAUCCUUUUUGGAUCGAAUGAAUAACCACCAACCAACAAACACAAGACAAACGGAGGAAGUUGUAAAUGUCCCCCAACAAAGAUUGGCUAGAGAAAAACAGCCUAUGCAAGUUAAUGG